AUGAUCAGAGGCUAAUAACGUAUUUAACUAAAAACCCCUCUUCUGCACUCGCCAUGUCGACAUAGGAAUCAAAAGCUUCCUUCUUCGAAACAACGAGGUUGUCUUCGCUCGCACGUUCAGGUGUUCAACGAGAAGCGAACGUGAGAAUUACCGGCGUUUCGACAGGAGCUAUGCAGUGAAUUGGCAAUUUUGGCCGAAGAAUUUUAAGCAGACGUACAAGAUGAAGAUUAAUGUAAACUCGAUCGCUCGAAAGGUCGAGGUCGACAAUCGGAUUCCUCUCCGGAAUUACUAUCGUAUCGCCGAUAAUCUCCUCAGACAGGCAAACAUUUACCGAGAGGAGAAGAAUGUUGUAGAUUUGUAUAUCAUCCUUAUUAGAUAUUCAAGUUUGGUAUCUGAAACCAUACCAUGCCAUCGGGAUUACCAACGUUUAAAUCCAAAAGAAAGAUCAGCUUAUAAAAAGAGAUUGAUUCCUGUGCUAGACGAGCUUGAAUCAUUGAAGCCUGAAUUUCAACGUCAAGUUGAUGAACUUAACAAAGCUCAUUCUGGAGUUCAACUGCUUGAACUUGAUGAUUCUAAAAGAAUUAGUGGUGGUUUGGAAGCAUCUUCUUUGGAAUGGCAACAGCCCCCAGUCAGCACAAAAUCUUACUUAAACGGGGAUAUCAAACGGUCUGCUAUUAUGGCAUCAAAUUCUUCAUUGAACUAUGGCAGUAAUCAAGCUCAUUCAUAUCCCUUGCAGAUGGACAACCAAUUCCAGAAGCUAAACCUUAACAUGCCUCUUCCGAAGCAAGAGACCUUGUCUCGACACUCAUUUUUAGGUCCAAAUGGUCUUCGGGGCCAGUGGCUAGGACCUAGUUCACAAAUUAAGGUCCAAUAUCCAAGCAGCAGUGAGUUAACUUCUACUGAAAAUUCCAGCCUGAUUCCGGAUGGGCAACAUGAAAUCUUGACAAUAAGAGAUGGUGAGCCUGGAGGUGCUGGAUCUGCAAUGGAAUCAGUUCUCUCCUUAGAUGAUGGUAGAUGGUCACAUCCUGCAGACGAUUUGUCUUCUCUUUUAAUAAACGAGGCUAGGGAAGAUCCUUUCCAGUUUGUCAGUAUCAAGCAACCGUCUCCUCCUCCUGUUCUUGCUCAAGUGCAGGACUUAACUCCAAUUCCUCCAUCAAGAGUUGCUGAUCCGAGACCUGGACCCGUGAAACCUUGUUCGGAUGGGUCGCCAAGCCCUAAUUCUUAUCAAGAUUUACAUGUUUCUGUGAAUAUGAUGGAAGACUUCUUGAGAUUAGCUCGGGCAAAUACUAUGAAGAAUUUAGAAACAUGUGGCGUUCUUGCUGGUUCAUUGCAAAACAGGGUUUUCCAAAUCACUACACUUAUAAUCCCAAAGCAAGAGUCAACUUCUGAUUCGUGUCAAACUUUGAAUGAAGAAGAAAUAUUUGAAGUUCAAGACCGAUUGUCACUUUUCCCACUUGGCUGGAUUCAUACACACCCUUCGCAGACCUGUUUCAUGUCGUCGGUUGAUUUACACACUCAUUAUUCAUAUCAGAUAAUGUUACCAGAAGCAAUUGCAAUAGUUAUGGCCCCAACAGAUGAGAGAAGUCCACAUGGUAUAUUUCAUCUGUCUGAUCCUGGUGGUGUCUCCGUGAUUCGUAAUUGCCAGCAGCGGGGUUUUCAUCCCCAUGAAGAGCCCUCAGAUGGGAACCCAAUUUAUGAGCAUUGUUCUCAUGUCUAUAUGAAUGAAAAGUUAAAAUUUCAUGUGAUUGAUCUUCGUUAAGGUCUGAAUCCUUUACCAUCAUGAAUUGACUACAGGAAACCAGUUUUCUCAUAAGUUACGCAUUAUCAACAUGUAAAUUUAAAAGAAAAUAUGAAUCAGAAGUAUGAUGGAACUAGAGCUCAGUUAUCUUGAUGUUCUUUUUGUUUUUUGUUUUUGUUUCUUUCGAAAACCAUCAUAUUUUGUUAGCCUUCACAGGAUAUAUGGUUACCCAACGUGUCACUGUAAAUUGUUGUGUAAUUAGUGUCGCCAUUUUGAGCUUUCAAUAGUUGUGAUUAUCAAGAUGUAAUUUGAAGGAUACUCGAUAUAGAAGUUGGAUCGCGGGGACACGCUGUUGGUGCUUUUCAACUUCUAGGUAUGCUUCACUAUAUCUUUUGUGCAUACCCUGUGAUUUUCAAUUCUUUUCAGAAGCAUGCAAUUCUAAUAGCUGACUGACUAUUGUAUUAGAUGUUAGCAUAUCUCUAUGUUAAAUUAAUCUCAAAGCAUAUAUGCAAGUGUUUGAUA